AUGCCAAGCCCUGAAUAUAUCAGGGACCAGAUGAAGAUGGAUCUAGAAGGUAUGCAGGUCCUGCAGGAGCAGCACCAGGUCUCGCUGUCCACCCUCAACCUGGGCAAGCUCCAGAGCCAGCGUAAGGGUGUACUUGGUCAUGAGUAUCUUUGUUUCCUGGAUGUGAAUGUGAGCAUCCAGCUUCUCUCCAUCUGGCAGUCAAGAGGAAGUGCAGAGAAAAAUAUCCAGGUGCUCAGAUCUCAGAACCACCCGGACCCGGCCCAACCCCGGAACGGCCGAGGGACCGCCUCUCCUCCGGGAGCUCCAGCGCCAACAAGCCAUCCUCCCCCGCCAAGUUGGCACCAGAUUUCUUCGCUUCCGCGUGGUCCCUUCACAACCGCUUCCUCCUCGCCCCGCCCCCGGCCAAGUGGCCCCGCCUUUCCGGCGCGCCCCGACCCAGCAGCUCCGCUCCUUCCGGCCCAAGUGGCCCCGCCUCCGCCGCCCUUUGCCCUCGGCUCGAGUGCUGGCGCGCGUGUGCGGCUGGGGGUCGGGCGGCGGUUGCGUGGGAGGCCCGGGUUUCCGCCUCACGCUCCCCCAUCCGCACAGGCCCUGGCCGGGAGCCGAGAGCUGCUGUGCGCCUGGCGCGCCCUGCACGUCUCCGCGGCCCGCGCCAAGAACCGCGCUGCCCGGGUCCGCGUGGGCAAGGGGGACAAGCCGGUGACCCACGAGGAGGCCCACGCGCCGCACUACAUCGCCCACCGUAAGGGCUGGCUGUCGCUGCACACAGACAACCUGGACGGGGAGGACCAUGCUGCGGAUUGAACAGUGGAGGAUGUCUUCCUGCACAAGUUCCUGUUGGGUACCAUCCCAGGCUGCCUGCCUGACCAGGUGGAGAUCUGUGCCCUGAUGCUCAGGCAACUGCCUGCCCACAAGUACUGCUUCCUCAUCGGCUACAGUGAAACUCUGCCGUCCCCCUUCUACAACUGCUCUGUGUGUCUGCAUCUCCAGGCUGUGCCAUCAAAAGAUGUGCCCUUUUACAGAAAUACUCUAGAGCAUACUCAUCUGUUCAUUCAUUCUACAAACGUUUACCUUCCCUGUGGCAGGCUCUCUUCUAAGUGCCUGGGAUUAAUUAAUGGGCAAAACAUUCCAAGAUCCUUGUUUCAUGGCACUGAUAAUCUAGUGGAGGGGACAUGGUUAGGCCACUUAGAGACACCAAGGAGGUGAAGGAGGUAGACAUGCAGAUAAAUGAGCAACAGAGCAGUUCAGAAAGUUGCCUGCCACUGAAAGCCAGUGUGGUGCUGCAAGAGGGAGAGGGCAGGGGGAAGCAGGGAUCCCUGACUUUCCACCUCACACUGACCCGCACCCACCCCCUCACCCUGACCCUGACUGGACCUUCACGCUGAUCCUGAACUUGACAGUGACCCUGGCUCACUAAUCCUGAUGGUGGUGUUGGCCUUUACCCUGAUCCUUACCUUGACUCAUCCUGACUAUGAUUCUCACUCUGACACUGAACCCAAAACUCAGCCUCACUCUGACUCUAGCAUUAGUCCUCUCCCUGACCCUGUCCCACAACCCGGCCUUCACCCUCAACCUCAGUGUAGCUCUGACCAUCACCCUCACUCUCAGACUUUCCCUGAUAAUGUCUCUGACACUUAUCCUGACUGCAACCCACGCUUGACCCUGAAUCUGACCUUACCCUGUCUGACCCUCAGCCUGACUCUUGACUUUCUCCAUCACAUUUACCCUCACCCUCCCCUGCCUCCUGACCCUCCCUUGUCCCUCUCCUGGACACUGGACUUCACUCUGAACCUGACACCAACUCUGAUCCUGACUUUGAUCCUGAAUCUGAACUUUGCCGUGACCAAGACCCUGACUCUGAACUUCAUCCUAACAUCUCCCUGAGCUUUACCUAGAUACUGGCCUGGAACCUUAACCUGACUCUGACCUCAUCGUAUCUAACGCUGAUGCUCACCUUGAUUUUGAACAGGACACCUCACCCAGACCCCUAACAUGACCAUCCUGAACCUGAGAGUCAUGUAAUUCUGACCCUGACUCUUCAAUCAGACUUUCACCUAGACUCUGAUCCUGACCUUGACACUGAGGCUCAACCCUCAUGUAUACCGUGUCCUUGAUCUUCUCCCUGACACCCUCAGCCAGGCCCUGUCCCUCACACUGAUCCAACCCUGGUCUUGACCAUGAACCUGACCUUUACCCUGACCCUGAUUUGGACAAUUCUGACAAUGCUUCUGACUUCAAUCUGAAUUUUUCACUUACCUUGUUUCUGAUUCUCACCUAAUACCAACCUGAACAUGUUCUCACCCUUGCCUUCACCUUGACCUUGACCUUGACCUCACUCUGACAUUAAUGCUGAACCUCAGCCUGAACUUGAUCCCUUACAUUGGUCCUUUAUUGUCACCUUGAUUUCGAGCCACAAGUGACCC